UUUCAGUGAUUUAAUCUUUUCGGUUAUCCAUAAUACUAGUUCUUGAUGGGAAUCAAUGCUGGCAUUUUAGCUAUUGGUGGCAGCCCUGAAAAUUUGGGGAAUUUUUGCUAUUUGAAGCAGCAGCAAAGGGUGAUUUGAUGCUGUUUUUGAAUUUUCUUUGUUGCUUUGGAAAAUAGCCCAUGAUUCUGAUAUGGAAUAAAAUUUUGACAUGCUUGAAACUUUUAAUAAUCAUCCCAGUAACUGUGCAUGCAUUAUUUUGAAGUUUGUUAUAAUCGGUGAGAGAGAGAGUUAGAGCAAGUUUAGCCCUGAUACUUUGAGCAAUAUUUGCCAUACGAAGUAGCAGGAAGAGUAUUUGAUACUGUUUUUGUAUCAUCCUUUUUGCUUUGAAAAUUUGCCACGAUUCUGACAUGAAAUGAAAUUAUGACAUGCUUGAAAUGUUUAAUAAUCAUCUCAACAACUUUUAAUCAUUUUGAGGUUUGUUAUUAUCAUUUCGGAUUAAUAAUUGUUUAAGUGGUAGUUUGAUCUACAUGUGGGCCUUGCCAAUACGGCACAGACAAUUAGAGCAUAUUUACUUUUGGUGUGGGAUGUUGGUUACCGUGCAGCUUAAUGCAUGUCGGUGACAAUGAUAAUAGUCACCCUUACACGAGUCUUGAUUUAUUUGUCUUUAAAAAGCAUGUCAAUAAUGAGACAGUAUAUAUAAGAUACUUGUCAUUCAUGGAAAAUGGCAUGUAUUAAAUGGUCCAUAAUGCAAUUACAUCAUCAUGUCAAAUUUUGCCAGAUUUGUAUGUAAUAAUUCUAUACAGUUUGAUUUUUAUGGUGUUUAAUCUCGUGAGCUCAAGGCAUGCUCGUUUCCAUGGCUUUAUUGUAAGAAAUAAUUAUUAUAUUGUAGAUGGAUAUGCUUUCUCCUAGGAAGGGAAAAAUUUGUGGAAGCUUGUUGCCUAGUUUAAUCAGAUAUUGAUGAUAGUAAAGUGGUAUUUUAAUAUUGGGAAAGUGUAAUUGGUUUUGCAAUAGAUAUAAGAAAAUAAUAUAUACUAGUAUUUGUGCUAAUAAAAUAAUUUAGCCAGAACAAUUUUGAUCUUCUAUAAAUUGUAAUAUCUGCUUGACUUAUAUAUUUGUUUGCACGUUCGACUGGUUUGUUAAAUGAACAGCAUGGAGCGGAUUAUUUAUCAUGGAUUGCAAUUUAAAGUCUGGAAGAGUCUUCUAUCAAGACUUAUGCAUUCUUAGAUAAUGGCCAUUUAUGUGACAUGACUAAAUAAACAUACCUAAGCUGGGAUAUGGAGCACAUCUGGAAUGCAUCCAGAUUACUUCCAAUUUUGAGAAGGCUAAAUUGAGCAUCGGAAAUGGCAAUUUACUUUGUGCGUCUCAUGCAACUGAUUUACUUGAGAUUUGUGGCAAGGUCUCUGAUUGCUAAAUUGCAGUAUUGGUUUCUCACCCAUUAGUUGCCUGUACGUUGAUAUCCUAAUGAUUACAAUGUUGUAAUAUGGUUUUGUCAUUGAACAAGUGGAUUUGGUAAUGUUUGUAUUCUUAUGCUUGAUAUGGUUGUUGCUCUCAUAUAGCUUUCAUUUUGAGAUAAUAUUUUAUUUACAUCUUGCUAUAUGUCUUUAACAUCACAUCCUACCAUUCUUAGAAUUGCAAAGCCGUUAUGAUAUGCCCUCUCAUCAAAUUGGUUAUUGUCAAAUCUGGCUUGCCAUGAUCAUGACAUUUUUCUCGACAUGAUAAUAUGCAGUAUUUAGAUCCAGCUGGUUUAAGUGGACAUGGACUGCGCUUCGCUCUUGUUUCAAUUUCUAGCUGUGGAAUCACAUGUGAGAUCCAUCCGAGUAUCGACAGUUGAUUGGAUCUCUGAUGUACCUAGUCAAUACUAGACCAGACAUAUGUUUUGCUGUGAAUGCUCUCAGUCAGUUCAUGAGCCUACCCAAGCAUGUUCACCUGGUUGCUGCCAAGCAUAUCCUAAGAUAUUUGCAAGGCACUAUUGGUUUUGGGUUGAAGUAUCCACUUAACACUCCAAUAACCUUGGAAGGUUAUUCUGAUGCAGACUGGGCUGGAAGCGUCAAAGACAGGAAAAGUACCUCUGGUAUUUGCUUUAGCUUGGGUUUUGCAGUGAUCUCUUGGGCUUGCAGAAAACAAUUCUCAGUGGCUUUGAGUACUGCUGAAGCUGAGUAUAUUGCUGCAAGUGUAGCUUCCAGAGAAGCAAUAUGGCUUCGUAAGCUUCUUGCUGGACUGUUUGGUCAACCAUGGGAUCCCACAGCCAUUCACUGUGAUAACCAGAGUUGUAUUAAAAUGUCUAACAAUCCAGUGUUUCAUGACAGGUCAAAACAUGUGGAAACUCAUUUUUAUUAUAUUCGGGACAUGGUACAAAGAGGUGCCAUUCAGCUGAAGUAUGUCAGCACUGAUGAGCAGGUUGCGGAUAUUCUUACCAAGCCUCUAGCAAAAGUGAAGUUCGUGUACUUCAGGGAUAGACUUUGUAUUGUGGAAAAUGAAUCUCCAAUUGAGAGGGAGUCUCUAGUGCAGUGAUACCUUGUAUUGUAUAAAUCCACCCUUUGCGGGAAAUGUAAGGUGGUAAUGUAAACUUUUCAAGGAGAAGCAUAAACCAUCCUCUGCGGGCAAUGUAAGAUGGUGUUGUAAAUGUUAACCACCCUCUGCGAGCAAUGUAAGGUGGUAUUGUAAACUUCUCAAGGAGAAGUGUGAUUAUUAACCAUCCGCUGCGGGCAAUGUAAGAUGGUAUUGUAAAUGUUAACCACCCUCUGCGGGCAAUGUAAGGUGGUAUUGUAAACUUCUCAGGGAAAAGUAUAAACUUAAAACCAUCCUCUGCGGGCAAUGUAAGAUGGUAUUGUAAUCUAUGACCAUCCUCUGCGGGCAAUGUAAGAUGGUAAGCAAAGGAUCCUCUCCACCCUCUGUGAGCAAUGCAAGGUGGAUCCAGUCUAUGCUUGUGUGCAAGCUGGAAGAUUAUGAUUAUGAUUCUAUUCCCUAAUUAAGAGGGAGUUUUGGUUGUAAUUAGGGCCAGCGGAUUCCUAUUGCUUUAGGCAACAUUGGAAUCCGCCCCCCUUUAUAUAGGGCUAGGCCCUUCACCCUCGGCACUUAAGGUUGCUCGCCACAAACCAAUAUAAAACGCCUCCUUGAUAGGGCCGACCCCAUUAAGGCAAAUUAAUGGAAAGCGAUAAAUAGUUUAAAGGUUAAAGAAGGCCGACAUGUUUAGGGAUCUAAUUGUCACCUAUAAAAGCAUCACCUUCCUUUCACUUAUAUCAAUCAAGUUUAUGCAAGUAAAACAUCCUUGGUGAAUAGCAAACUUUAUCAAAGUCUUACAUAGAGGCAGCGAACUUCAUAAAGAGAGGCAGCGAACUUACAUAGAGGCAGCAAACUUCCAUAAAGCCAGCGAACUUCUAUAUAGAGGCAGCGAACUUCAUAAAGACUGCAACCAGCCAAUAGCAAACCUCACAUGUUGUAGCAGAUCCAAAUUGGAGGGUGCAAACUUGAUCUAAUAGCAACAUAUCUUACCUUGAAGUCAGCAAACUCUCUUAGAGACAACAGAUCAUCAUACAAAAUUGAAGACUCCAAUAAAAGGGCUGGAAUCAUAUAAGGAGGACUAUAACCUAAUCAUUCCUCCCUCAUGGUGACUGUAAAAGUAGAUAAGUGUAUAACUUCCUAUUGAAUUCUAAUCAUAAAUCAAAUCUGAGGAUCCUUUGGUUGGGUUUUUCCUCCUAGGAGGUUUUCCCAGGGUAA